UCACUCCACAUUCUUCUUUUCUCUCCCAUUCUUCCCUACUUUUUUCUUCUUGUUGUUUAUUUCAGGCCUUUUUUCUUUCAUCUCUUUGCUAUUCGUUCUUCAUCGGCUCCUUUUCUUUUCCCCACAAAACGCCAAAACGGAGAAAAACUGGAAAACCUUCUAACCAAAGCCAAAGAGCAGCACAAGUGUGUGUGAGAGAGAAAACCGUGCGGUGGAAUACGGUCGGAGUUUUUUUUUUUUUUUCUUGCGUCUCUUUAUUUCUCUCUCUUUUUUCCUUCUCUCCCUUUUCUCGUUUCGCUGGCUCUUUUUUUUCUUUUACGGAUUUUGUUCACGAAACGUCCCGCCUCUCCCUCCGACUUCUCUCUGACUGGCAGUCGUCAGUCUGUGUAUGUGUGCGUGCGAGUGCUGUGCGUGCCGUCUGCUUGCGCGCCGUAUGUGCCGUGUGUGAGUGAGUGACUCGCAAGACGAGAUUCUCAUCGUGCAGAGGGGAAUUUCCCAUAAGGAGGUGGAGGGGAGAAAGCAGAGCCAGUUGACUGCGUCGUCCGUCGAAAGACGUGACCUGCCGUCGGGUUCGUGUCAUGCAACGUCAUCUCGAUUCCGACGGGAAGAGCGAUUAAAAACAAAACGAACAAACAAGAAACAAGAAGAGGCAGGAUGUCGCCGCCGGAUGUCAUCUGCUCCGUCUGAAAAAAAAAACAGUAGUCGUUUCACGGCGGUUGAGUUCCUACCGUUUUUGCAAGGAGGAAUUCAGCAAGAAAAAUUAUGGGAAGAAUGGCCACUCGUCGGACACCGCCCAGUGGUAACCGUCGUUCGAGGGGACUCCUCGUCACCGAUAGCGGCCAGUUGAGGAAGAAGAAAGAGGCCGUGAAACUCGUCACCAAUGCCAACCGAAAGCGAAGGGGACUGUUGCGACGGAUCAAUCCGAAAGCUUGCCGCAAGAAAGCUGGCUCUUCUGCAGACGUAGCGUCGACGGUUGCCGUAACUACCAAUCGAUCACGCAUGUCUAACUUCCGAUCUUGUCUCAAGAAGAAAACGACAACAACUAGGAAGACGGCCAAUAACGAGAACGUCACGGCUCGCAGUAAAUUCGGUCAGAAAUGCGGCGCCAAUUCGGCUGCCGGAAGGAAAAGCCAGUCAGUCGUCACUCUGGUUCAAAAAGAGAAGAAAGAAAGCAGCAAGAAAUCGCGAUCGACGAAGAUGGUCACGUCGUCUUCUGUUACGCGUAUGGGGUCGUCGUCGACCACCACCACCACCUCGACUGUUAUCGCCUUGAUCUCUACCAGCACGACAUCCAGCAGUGCUGAUUCUAGCAGUACGGCAAGUUUGGUGGGUGUCGGCGCUAGCAGUCGGCAAGUGGCCAUUGCCAUGUACCAAGAACAUCAGGAGAAUGUCGAUCAUCAUCCAGCCAUGGCCUCCAGCCCCAAAACCAGUUGCAAAAAUCUUCAGAAAACUGGUCGAACCAAAAUGACUUGUGAUUUGCAGCACAUGGUGGAAUCUAUUGAACGAGUGGCUUCCGGACAGCCGUGGAUCGACACGUUGGUCACUUCGGACAAAACGGGAGGUGAAAGUUGCAGCAGCAGUGACAGCAGUUCGGCCAGCAGUUCCAGUAAUAGUUCCAGCAGCAGCAGCAGCAGCAGCAGUAGUGAGAGCAGCAGCAGCAAGUCUUCAGAACAGUCGUCUUCCAAGGGCAGGAGAAGAAAGAAGACGAACCGGUCGAUCCAUUUGCGCAACCGGUCCGUCAAGAGAAACGAACCGUCCGACCAGUCUCCUCCGCCAGUUGGUUCUCUUCGCCGACCUAACCAACGACGCCGAUUGGCUUGUCUGAACGCCAUGGCUAAAGUGCACUGCCUCUACGAGAGCGAGAUCCGACAUCCGCUGGCUCAGAAACAGCACGCAACGCGGAUCUUCUCCAGCGCCUCUGACUCUGACCAGAGUGCCGACGAUUGCAGCAGCAGCAGCAGCAGCAGCAGCAGCGACAGCAGCGAAGAAAAUGAGACGGCAAUCGAUAAGGCAGUUGACAACAAGAACAAGAAAAUAGUGAGCAAUAAAUCUUCUGCUAAUGCGAGGAAGAAAGAGGCCAGCCGGAGUAGGAAAUCGGAGAAGAAACGGCCUGCCGCCAAGGCGCCAGCCACCGGCAAAAAGCAACGUCAGUCGAUGGAAGUUGCACCGGUCGAUUUGGCUGCUUUGGUCAUGCCCAAGAGGAUGGCCAGUCUCAAUGCCACGGCAAUCUUGGCCGCCAGUUCGCAGCAGUGGCCGGACAGCCCGAAGCCUCGCCGCGGGAAAGCCCAGCCGCGAUCGUUGUCCAGUAGCGAUGCCGAUUCGGCCGAUGAGGUCCAACGUGAAACCAAAGUCAUUCCGUCGCCAAAGACCCAACGGCCGACUGGCAAAUCAAAAAGGCUUCCCACUUUGAAUAAGAAAAAGAAGCCGGCCUUAACAAAGAUCACAAAGAACAUUUCGUGCGUGGAGAGUUGCUCGACGUCGACGGCCGUUUCGACAUCGACCAACAGCCACAUUCUUCGCCUCUCUGCCAACAUCUUUCACCACCAGGAGGUGGAUGGUCAUCAACAGACCACCACCACUACCAAGAGUAACACCUACCAUCAAUCGUCGUCGGGUAGCGAGCAAAAUGGCAACAGUGUUACUUCUUCAUCAAAGACCUAUCAGAGGCAAGUGACUACGACCAGCUCUGAUUGCGGACCUCGUUCAUCGCCAAUGGAUGUCAUCCAACCUGUUUCCAGAGUUGCUCCCGCUCACCAACGUCCGACACAACAAGCGAAACAGCAGCCAACGGUGCAAACUGACGCGCAAGACAGUUACAGUCCGUUGGGCGCUUUGUACAACAUGCGGCCGCCAAAUUUGCAGCAGCAACAGCAGGAAAGAACGCCGUCACGUCAUCAAGAUCAACAACAUCACCAUCCAGCUGGAGGAACAACGUCGGAAGUUUCUUCAUCGCCCAACUCGUCCUUCCAAACGUCCGGCAAUAACAGUUCCGGCGGCCAUAACAUGACUAAAGACCGCGACAAAGGCUGGUCAUCGGAACGCGUGGCGGCCACAUCUUUGCCCUCAGUGAGCUUUGGUGGAGUGCCGUUAGUACUCAGCAAUCCGAUCCAGGCUGCCGAAUCGUACAUGACGGCGGCAGCCCGUCUUACUCCAGCGUUUUCCCUGUACCGACCGCCUGUCGACAUUCCCUACGCCUCUUUUUAUCCACCACCUCCACCGCUCUAUUCGGCCGCUCAUUUUGCCGCGCCCUCCUAUUAUCGUGGAUUUGCCUUGCUGCCACCACCUGGAUCAGGGUUUGUUCCAGUGGCUCUGGCCGAUAGUUACUCUGCCUACGCGUUAGCAGCGCCUUCUCCUUUUGUUGGAUCGACCAACGCGGAACUGGCACAUUACCUACACCGGUAUCAGACGCUUGGUCCUCCACCUUGUAGCCCUUUGACGCGCUAUUUACCUACGGCGAGCCCUUGCGGCUUGGGGCCUGAUUGGAGAUUGGCCCGUGAUUCGAGCAGAUCAGUUGUCGAAUUGCCUUCAUCCUCCAGCAUGCACGACGACCGCAAUCCUCUUCCGUUGGCCGCCACCGAGGCAACUGCCUCUGGCAGUGGGAACAGCAGUAGCGUAGGUGGCGUCAGUGGCACACCUGCAAAUGGCAACAAUACCUGCCCCAAAGUUGAAGCUGGCAGUACAGCAUCUUCAGCUCAUCCAUCUACUAUGUUGGCACCACCCUCGUCGACAAGAAGCUUUUUCCCGUUUGCUGGCGGUGCGCCGAUGGUAGGCUCCGCCGCAGCCGCAACGGCCUACGCCAGCCGUUGCCUCAACGCCAAUUGCUCCUGUUCUGGACAGUCUUCACCGACUUGUCCAAAAAACGCAUUGGCUGGGCCCCUUACUGGUGAGGGUAAGAGGUCCGGGCCGAAUUCCAUAUCGCAUUCAGUGAUCCCUCACCCCAGUAGUCAAGUGGCGUUGGUUCAGCCGCCCAUCGGUGGCGCAGCUGGCAGCUCGAGCAGUUCACCAGCAGUUCCGUCCCUUUUGCCUGAACUGUUACUUCACGCCACUGGACCAUUGGAAACGGCUGCAGAUCCGCAGCCGACGUCUACCUCUAAUCAAAACGAUGACUUUCAUCGUGACGACAGCACAGAGAAGCUGGAAAAACAAAACAACAAUAACAACAAUAACAAUAAUCAUAACGACAACAAUCGCAAGAAGAAAUCAUUGUCGAGUGUCUUUCCGCCGAGUCCCGUAUCGUCCCGGCUGCGCAGUCGCAUCAGCAGCAAUUCCGGUUGUAGUGUUGAAAACUGUUCGAAAACAUGCUGCUGCCAUUGCGUUUCAGAAAUCGGCAAUGCGCGCCAUCUAGCGGUCGAUAAUAACACUCGUCUCUCGGAGUCGUUAUCGCUCACCAGCUCGGACUCCGAUCCCAACGAGUUCGUGGGUGAUGGUCACUCUACGCUCAGUUGCCAUAGUCAGGAAAUGAAGAAAUACAAACGGCUUGGAUCUGACGUUAUUACAAUAGAGCUGGAUAAAAUAUCCGGUCGAAAGCGGCACAAAAACAAACUACAACAUCCGGGUGACUUGACGGAAACGUGUGGUGAGCAAUUUGAUGAUCAAUCGUUGUUGACGUCCGAUACGAAAGCGGGAACAAAGAAUGGAACAGCUCGGAAGUGUCGCGACAAGCUCAUCCUUCCGGACGUGGUCAAGAGUCGAGUGAUGAUUGAUCCUCAUAGGAAAAUGGCUACCAAGAAAACAAUCAAAAGCAUGAAUAGAACAAAAGAAUAUCUCAAAAUGGUACGAGCUACCUCACCAGUUGUCCGGCUUCUUACAGACAACACCAACGCGCCCCACCCGACUGCAAAAUUGGAACCUAGACGGGGCGGAUCGAAAUCUCGUUCUCCACUUGUUCCACCCGUUUCGAGCACUUCACCUGUGCUCCGUUGGUCAAAUGGUUGGUCAUGGGAAGGAAACAGUUUCCAAUCACUAGUUCACUUGAGAAACGAGGAUCUACCGGCGGUGCGGAAGUGUUAUCCAGCCAUGAGCCACACACAGGGCGAUAUCGUGCGCAUGCGUGAUUGUAUUCUCCUCAAAUCAGGACCCAAAGCCAAAGAUUUGCCGUUUGUUGCCAAAGUGUCUGCCCUAUGGGAAAAUGCAGACGAUGGCGAAAUGAUGAUGUCCCUUCUCUGGUACUAUCGACCGGAACACACGGAAGGCGGACGUCGCGUAACUGAUCUAGAUGACGAGAUUUUCGCAUCGCGACAUCGAGACGUUUGCAGCGUCGCGUGUAUCGAAGACAAAUGUUAUGUCCUCACUUUUAAUGAAUAUUGCAGGUAUCGGAAGCGAGCCAAGAUGAUGGAACAAGGAGUGCCUCCCCCUUUUGGCGCAGCGAUGUCGUCAGUGACGGGUGAAACGCCAGAGUAUCCUCGACGAUUACGCUUACCACCGACUUGCACGCCAACAACGGCCGACCGGGUAUUUCUCUGUCGCAAAGUUUACGACUUUCGUCAGAAACGCAUCCUGAAAAAUCCGAGCUAGGAAGGCAAACGGCGUUUACUCUUCUUAUUAGAAGAUGCAUUCAAUUUUCUAAGGUGCGGCCGUUUCCGGCCUCUGAAGCUUCAAACUGAAUUGAUUGGUUUCUUUUUAAUGGAUACCUCCCAGCAAAGAACGCCUGGCUAAUUAGAAACUUCGGGGAAUCUAAUUCUGUUAUGAAAUGGCUGUGCGAAAAUUGUUGAAAUGCAAACAAGUUGUAGUGGAUAAGAACCAGUUGAAAAGUGCGUCGAUUUCUUCCUAAAUUCAUGACCGGUUUUUCUUCUCCUUAUCAUACGCACGAAAUAAUGCAUAUAAAUAUUUUUUUCUUUUGAUUAAUUUAUUCAUAUGAUUAGUUCAGUUUUGGAAGCAUGUUCUCAACAUACCCCGCCUCAUUGGUCGAAUUGUUUGUCUCCAAGUUCACGAGAACCUCAAAACAUACAAACAAAAUUUCUUUUUUCUUUUGGUCAUAUCACCAUAGUCACUUGAUUCCUCCCUCUCCGAUUUAUCCGAAUUCAUGCGCUUAAUCAUUUUUUUUUCUCGUGUCAUAUUGGGCCCCACCUCCUUUAUGUGUAAAUGCACGGCUUUUGUAUCCCCCUUUCUUCCAGAAAGCAACCGGUCGAGUUCAUUGUACGUCGACUUUCGAAUUAUUUCCUCGCUUGAAAAGCAUAGGCUGAUAACGUUGAUUUCUUACGUCGUUUUUUGGUGUACUAUACGAAAAAGGCUACGUCCUUCAACUAAAUAAGAUUAUUCUUUGUGUGUGUGUGAGUGUGUGUGUGUGGGUUACGCAACCCGUCUUUCAGGUGACGAGAGGGUUGCAGAACUCCCUCUUAUUGUUACCUUUUGCACGACACCUUUUCAUUUAUUUGGUCGAAGUUUUUGAAGUUAAAAUUGAUGAGCAAGAAUGAAACAGACAUACAAACAAAACUAAUGUUUUCUUGAUUGCCGAAUUUUUCUUGUAUUUCAUGCGGUUAAAUCUCCUCUAGUGUGCUAUAAACUACAAGAACCAUUUAAAAAACAAACAUACUUUGACAAAUAUUCUGUAACAGCUGUGUAUGACGAGAGUAUAAUUCAUCUGUGUUUUUGUCCGUCUUGUUGUUCGACAGAUUAACGAUUUUCUUUUCUAUAACGUUGUUGGAAGGGUAUAGUUUUGUCGAAGGUGAAGAUUUAAGCAAAAAUACAGAUUAUAUAGACUUCGAA